AUGGGGGCAGGCGUCCCCACUCGAGGCCAAUCGGAGGUCGUCGCUGCCUCCAGUCUGGGCAGCGUGAUGCAGGCACUUCGCCUUGCUCCAAGUCAUCUGCUGAGCCAAUCAAUCAACCAGAGAGUGUCCAGUGGGGGCCUGCCUAGUAUCCCACCAGCACGUGACCUUGGAGCUUCGACCAGGUUCCUGACUAAGCUGGGCUGGGCUGAGAGGCUGCGCUGCAUGCGUAUCCGAUUGACGCCUACAGCCAAGCUCGAGCAAGCAAGCACCACCACCACCCAGCUUGAAAUCAACAACCUUGCCAUCAUCAACGACACCGCCUAG